GUCUUAUAACCAAGGAUUUGGGUCAAAUUGCUGGCCGGCUACAUGACAUGAAGCUCAUAUGUAGCAACGGUAUAUACACAUCAAUGCAACUCCAUCAAUUGGAACGUGAGAGUUCUCAAUCUCUAUAUUCCAUGAAUGUUGAACUCUCAAAUGUUGCGCUGUGACCGUUGAAGGCGUUCGAUAUAUCGGCCGGCUUAAGGCAUCUCGGCUUGUUCCGGCCCGCCUAACCAAAAUUUCCGUAGAGCUUUACACAGCUUAGUACCUCAACCAUCAGCCUAGUGGACAGGAGCCUGCCUUCACACAGCUCCCCAAGUCACAACCCACAAUGAUCUGCCGACGGUGUAUAUUACGCGCCCCGUCGCAAGCUGCACAAGCCGGUCGCCAGCUCACAAGGCAAUCGCCAUCUCUCUUCCGAACCCUUUCCACAACCCUCGCAAAGCGCAACGCCGCCACUUCUGCAGCAGCCGCAACACCAGCACCCGACAGCGCAUCCCCCGAAUUAGCGACGCCAAUAUUCAGCACACCACUAGCUGAUGAUCCUUCGGAAUCAAAGCCGGCUCUCUCUGCCUGCCCAGAAGGCACCGUCCUGCAGGGUCUAAACUAUUUCAAGAACAAGGCUGACCCCGUCGCGCUUGCCGACGAUGCAUACCCGGAAUGGCUAUGGCGCUGUCUGAAGGUGACGGAGAAGCAUGUGGAAGAUGGCAAUACCGAUGCCGAGGCGGAGUUCUCCAAAUCCAAGAAACAACGUCGUCUUGCCGCAAAACGUCAACGUGCCCUCGAGGUCAAGCUCCUGGCCGAGGGCAACCUGGAGGUGCUUGCGCCUAAGAUCCCGCUUCAGCAGCAGAGCAUCAACAUGCCGGCCAACGAGGAGGGCACAACGGAGGGAGCCAUUGCGGCAGCGGAGGCACGGGAGGAACUGCGCAAGGCAAUGCGCAAGGAGCGGAAGGCCAAGAUCAAGGAGAGCAACUACUUGAAGAGCAUGUGAUAAUUGUAUAGAGUAUUAUCCGGACCUCGCAUAUGUCAUGUAGCUACACGAAAGCAGGUCCGUGUCAUAGUAGAAGAUGUAAAAGCUGUAUGAAAGGAUGGGCUCAGAGGGUUUCAUAACAAGUAAGCAACACAUGCUACAGACCUCUCUAAUGUGCUAAAUCUUAGGGUAUCAUAAUUGCCUUUCCGCUCAUAAAUAUACGGCCCCA